CCGCCCGGAGGCCCCGCCCCGCCCUCAGCCGGCGCGGCGCUCGGCGAGCCUGGCAGUGCGGGGCAGCGGCGGAGCCGGCGCGAGGACAGCUGCUUGGUCGUGUGAGCCCUGUGGACACCUGCUCCCUCCAGCAUGAAGGUCCUGCUGCCCGUGCUGCUGGCCGCCCUGCUGGGCGCGGAGCCAGCCCAGCCCCUCAUGUGCUUCACGUGCGCCAAUCAGAAGAGCAACCUCUACUGCUUGAAGCCCACCACCUGCUCCGACUCAGACCAGUACUGCGUGACCGUGUCUGCCGCCGCCGGCAUCGGGAACGUGGACCUGGGCUACACCCUCAACAAGUACUGCUCCCCCCAUCUGCCCCGGCCCGACAUCAACCUCGGGGUGGCCUCCGUGGGCACCCAGUGCUGCCAGAGCUCCCUGUGCAACAUCAGCGCCGCGCCCGGCGGGCUGCGGGCCAGCACCCCACUGCUGGGCCUCGGGCUCCUGCUCAGCCUGCUCUCUGCCCUGCUGCGUCUGGGCCCCUGACCCCUCGGCCCACCCCCUCCCCAGCUCAGAAGAAGAACC